CCAGAACAGUCACCUUCCUCUAGGAAUGGGGAGCAGGAGUCCAAAGGAAUAACAGGCAAAAUGUAAUAAAACAACGAAGAACAAGAGUGAAAUAAGGCAAGCGCCAAGCGCUAAGGGGAAGGGUCAAAGGAGAGGGGAGAGCAAGAGAACAGGAAAUGCAAAAUGUGAGGUCAGAAGAAAUGGACCUAGAAUAAAGGGAGGAGAAAGCACAGAACCUGUGAGAGCAAUGACUUGCAUUAUUAGACACGAGGCUGCCUCUACCAGAGGUGUACUGGAUUCAUUAAAUCAUCUUCUGAUCAGUCUAAACUGGUUUUAACCUAUAAUUUGGAUGUUGCUAUGUUGACCUAGCUUCUGCACAUAACAGCUUGUAGAAAACAAAGAAACAUACUGGCCUCCCCUGGCAAACUGAGCCAUUUCUGAGCAUUAUUGUGAAUACAGAAGGCACAGUCCACUGGCAGGCUAUGAAAAGUGGCGUAAUGCCAUCUCUUGGCCUUUCAGCUUCUGGGUGGCUCCAGGUGGACAGCUGCAACCAUCAGCGUUGUUUGGAACAGGCCGUUCCACGCACCCUGCGUCCCCGCAGAGCCAAUGCACUGCAAGUUCUCUCAGUGUUUUAGAGUCAGCGACUGGGGCAAGAUGGGAGGAAGCAACAAAUAAUGAUAUCAAAAAAAUAAAAAAUAAAAUGUGUGAAUCGGACCAUGGAACGUUGUUUACACCUCAAAGGAUUAGUGAUGUAGAAAAUCUGGUGACUUCUAUGAAAAAUAGUCUAUGCAUCCAGAAGUGUAAACCCAUUGACUACAAACAUCUAUAUGAACUUGCUGCAAUAGAAAAAAUGGCAUCAGCAAAAAAUGAAUUAAAGAUUAAAAAAACAGAACAAAUUUCAAAAAUUAACAAAGAGCAAAUGCUGCUGAAACAGCAUCGCCAAGUGUGGUGGCAAGAGCAUAAAAGACUGAGUGGGAACAGGGAAAAAGCAGAAGCAGAAGUGAAGUUUGUUCUUGAUGAAGGAAGUCAUAAGUAUGACUUUUUUUUGGAUAUACGGGACUUGGAGCAUAAAUUAUCAAAGGAAUGGGAUGCAUACCAAACAAAUACUGUAGCUCCUAUCUGGCAACUAAGAGAGAACUUGAAAUUCUGGAUGUCUGAAAUGCAACAUCACCUCUCAGAAGACUCUUGUCUGAAACAUAAGUUCAAUCCAGUUGACAUGUUACAGCAGAUUGAAUUUGUGAAGAAGCAACAGGAAGAAAUUCUGGAAUUUCUUAACCUUGAAAGUCUGACUGUGGAAAGACAGCUUGAGGCCUAUAAAAGAAAAGCUUUAGCGCGUUCUUCUGAAGAAAAAAACAAACUUUUCCAUGAAGUUCCUUCAGCACUACUGUCUUUGGAGUUCCCCUAUCCAGAUUUGAAGAGCUUAAUUAUCAAGGAGUACUGUAAGCUUGCAAAUGAAUACUGGUCUAAGCUUCAAGAGAUUGAUCAACAGCUAAAAGUCGUAUAUAGGAACACUGAAUGGAAGGAAGAAGAUCAGUGGGUUUUUCAGACUGUUGUCAACCAGUAUCCAAGUGAUCUUCAGAGAAGAAGGACUUUGUACCUCGAUGUGCUGCAGAGAUACCUUCCUCACAAAUCUAGACGCGAUCUGGUUAUUCAUGAGAGAGCUUGGGAUCAUUACAAUUUCCUUAGGAAUCAACACAGAGUUUUGAUAUUAAAUUGGAUUCAAGCUAGGAAAGCCUUUUUACUUAAGGCAGGGAUGGCUGUUGCUGAAGCCUCCGCUGCUCAGGAAGAAGAAGUAGCGUCUGCUAAUAACAAACAGAAGCAACAGGAGAUCUGUGUUGAUCUGAAAGCCAAGGUUCUACAAUGGAGAGCGCAACAGGAGGAGGCAGCUAAACUAGAAGCUGCUAUAGCUGCUAGAAGAAAAGAAAAGGAAGAUGAGAAAGAAAGGCUACGGAAAGAACAGGAAAUGAUUCACAGAGCUCAGGAGAAAGAAAAAGUCAAAAAGUACUGGGCUGAGAAACAGCUCAAGUGGCAAGAACAGGAAGAGAAAGAUCUACAACGUAUGAAGAGAUUAAGAAAAUUAAUGGCUAAACAAGCAAUUAAAGACAGAGAACGGGUAAAGUUUAGACAAGCAUUGCUAGACAAGCGGUUCCUGGAGAAAAAAGAACAAGCCCUUCAAGAAGCACGUGAAGAAGAAGAAAAAGAGAAAUGCCUUGAAGCACUCCGACAAAAGGUUUCUGUUGUUGCAAAAUUAGAUCCAGCUAGAGUAGUGGCUGAUACAGUGGCAUCUAAAGCUCGGAUGGGCAUUGGAACCGAGGAAGAGUUUGUUCUUCAAAAGCCACUGUUUAAGUUGCAUACGUUCAGUGAAGAGCAGAUCAUUUCUGACCCUAGAGUUCGAGUUGAGUUAGCUCUUCGAGAAGCUGGACUUCAUAAAACACUUUACGCAAGAGAGAUUUUACCAAACAUUCCUCCUCUGAAACUUCCAAGAAGAGAUACGGAAUCUACGGCUUUUAAAAGAUAGAGCUCAUCAAGAACAGAGAACCUCCAGGGUGUAGUGUGGGCCAUUAUGCAAAAACUUCAAAUAAAUUUCCUACAGACUGUGUAGUGGUACUACUUCGCUGUCACUAUGUACAGUCAUUUAAGAAAACAAUGUGCCUUUCCUAUACAGUGCUCAGGACACCAUUUUACACCUGCCUUGGUGAAGGUUUUAUGGAAAUCUGUUGGGUGUAGGCUGCAGAAUUUUCCAUGUCCCCCCUCUACUGGAAAAUUGGUCACCUGUACAUGAAAACUCCCACAAACAUACUGGCCAAUUUCAUAUAUAUCAUCUUAGGUAGGAAUUCUGUUUUGUAAUUGACAGCAUAAAUCCAAAAUAGCUUCACAGUCAUGUUAGAUUACACUAUGGUACAUAGUAAUUAUGAUACAUAAUUCAUUCCAGGUUGCUUGAGAACUUGAUUCUUUUAAUUAUAAAAUCUUCCUUAUCAUGAAUGUUCCUAUUAUUCCUUGGUUACUAUAAGAAGAAACUUAACCUUUGUCUAUAUUUAGAAACCAAUUUGCUGCAUCAUAUUUACUGCAAACCAAUCAUGCAAGCAAUUUCAUAUUGACAAUUACUCUUUCAGAAUAAAUUAUAAAUUAGAAAUACCAUUUCAGAUCUGGGAUCUUUAUUUUGCAGCUGAAACUAUGGAGUAUGAUUCUAUUAAAUGAAAGGGAAAUUGAUGUCAUUUCAUUUUGUAACUGAUUACAUUUUCAAGCCUUACAUAAGAUGACUGUGAAAUUUAUUCUGUAUGUAAACAAGUUACAGUUAGCAGCUUAACCAAAAAGGACAAUAAAUAUCAGAACAUCCA